GCUAGCCGAGGUUUGGUUAUUUUUGAGAAAUCCCGACAUGUCUCACCACAUUAAGAUCCGCGACCUGCGGGACCGGAGCAAGGAUGAGCUGAUCAAGCAGCUGACGGACUUCAAGAAGGAGCUCUCGCAGCUCCGCGUGGCCCAGCAGACCGGCGCGGCGGAGUCCCGCUUCGGCCGGAUUAAGCCCAUUCGCAAGAGCAUCGCGCGCAUCCUCACCGUGCUCAACCGGAAUGAGCGCGUGAGCCUCCGCAAGUUCUACGCGGACAAGAAGCUCCGCGCGAAGACGCCGAAGAAGCUGCUGCCGAAGCUCACCCACCGCCGCCGCCUCGCCCUCAAGGACGGCGAGCGAAACCGCAAGACGCGCCACCAACUCCGCAUGGCCCACCGCUUCCCCAAGCGCGUCUACGCCGUCAAACUCUAAGGCGGCGCCGAAUGGAUUUUAUGGGAAACCCUAUUGGCAGCUUUUAUGAGUAUUAUUUCAUCCUUUGUUUUGGGGUUGUUGCACCUUUAGAGGUGCAAUAAUGA